AUGAAGUCUGCUCUUAUCGCCGCAGCUGUGCUGCUCGGCUCCUCGCAGGCUGCCGUCCACAAGAUGAAGCUUGAGAAGGUUCCCUUGGAAGAGCAGCUGGCUAGUACCCCGAUUGAGGCUCAGGUCCAGCACCUCGGCCAGAAGUAUAUGGGCGGUGCUCGCGCUGAGAUCCACGAUCAUCUCGAUGCUGUAUUCAACACCCAGGUCCAGGUACCUCAGGGCGGCCACCCCGUCCCCGUCAGCAACUUCCUCAACGCUCAGUACUUCUCGGAGAUCACCAUUGGAACUCCUGCCCAGAACUUCAAGGUUGUCCUCGACACCGGCAGCUCCAACCUUUGGGUUCCCUCCGUCAAGUGUGGAAGCAUUGCUUGCUACCUCCACAGCAAGUACGACUCGUCCGAGUCCUCGACCUACAAGGCCAACGGCACCGAAUUCGAGAUCCACUACGGCUCCGGCAGUCUCUCUGGUUUCGUCUCCCAGGAUGUCUUGACCAUCGGUGACCUCAAGGUCAAGAACCAAGACUUCGCCGAGGCGACCAAGGAGCCUGGUCUUGCCUUCGCCUUUGGCCGCUUCGACGGUAUCCUGGGUCUUGGCUACGAUACUAUCUCAGUCAACCGCAUGGUUCCCCCCUUCUACAACAUGGUCAACCAGGGCAUCAUCGACGAGCCCGUGUUCGCCUUCUAUCUUGCCGAUGAGGAGGGCCAGAGCGAAGCCAUCUUUGGCGGUAUCGACGAGUCCCACAUCGAUGGAAAGAUCACCUAUAUUCCUCUCCGCCGUAAGGCGUACUGGGAGGUCGAUCUCGACUCCAUCGCGUACGGUGACGAGGUUGCCGAGCUCGAGGACACCGGUGUCAUCCUCGACACCGGCACCUCACUCAACAUCCUCCCCUCGUCUCUUGCUGAGCUUCUGAACAAGGAGAUGGGCGCUAAGCGCGGCUAUAAUGGACAGUACACCAUCGAAUGCAGCAAGAAGAGCGAGCUCCCCGACAUCACCUUCGACCUCGCCGGCAACAAGUUUGCCCUCGGCCCCGACGACUACAUCCUCGAACUCCAGGGUAGCUGCAUCUCUACCUUCCAGGGCAUGGACUUCCCUGCUCCCACCGGUCCCCUCGCUAUUCUCGGAGAUGCGUUCCUCCGCCGAUACUAUUCCAUCUACGACCUUGGCAACCACCGUGUUGGUAUUGCUAAGGCGAAGGCGUAG